GCUCCCGGUGGUGCGGAGUCCGCUUCCGGAGCCGAGCCUGUCCGUCCGUCCGUCUGCCCAGCGCCGGUGCCGGGCUCGCGCUCGGCCUCCCUGCGCGGACCAUGGGGGACGUGAAACUGGUUCCCUCAUCACACGUGUCCAAAACCUCCCUGCGUGUGGAUCCUUCAAGCUCCAUGCCCCUCACUGAGGCCCCCGCUUUUCUUCUGCCCCCGCGGAACCUCUGCGUCAAAGAAGGAGCCACCGCCAAGUUCGAAGGGCGGGUCCGGGGCUACCCAGAGCCUCAGGUGACAUGGCAUAGAAACAGUCAACCCAUCCUCAGCGGAGGCCGCUUCCAGCUGGACUGCGGCGUGCGAGGGACUUUCAGCCUUGUGAUUCGCGCUGUCCGUGAGGAGGACAAGGGAAAGUAUACCUGUGAAGCCAGGAAUGCCAGCGGUGCCCGCCAGGUGACGGUGGAGCUGACUGUGGAAGGAAGUUUCAUGAAGAAGCCUGGUCAGCCCACUUCCAAAACCCUGGGGGACAGAUUUUCCUCUCCAGCAGUAGAGACUCGUCCAAGCAUUUGGGGCGAAUGCCCACCUAAGUUUGCCACGAAGCUGGGUCGAGCAGUGGUCAAGGACGGACAGAUGGGUCGGUUCUCCUGCAAGAUCACUGGCCGCCCCCCGCCACAAGUCACCUGGCUCAAGGGAAAUGCCCCGUUGCAGCCAAGUGCCCGUGUGUCUAUGUCAGAGAAGAACGGGAUGCAGGUCCUGGAAAUCCAUGAGGUCACCCGGGAAGACGUGGGCGUGUACACGUGCCUGGCGGUGAACGGGUCAGGAAAGACCUCCAUGUCAGCUGAGCUCUCCAUACCAGGAUUGAACAAUACCACUAGGUCCUGUGGGAGCGGAACCAAGGCCCUCAGUCCAGACAUCAGGAGGGAGGUAACCAAUGGAAUCUCUAAGGGCCCAGAGACUGCGGCUGAAAGUAAGAACUACCCAAGCUCUCAGCCAGGCAAUUGCCCAGCACCAGCCACAAACAGCCAACCACAGCUCCCUCAGGAGCCCAGACUGCAGCCAGGUGGGGACCCUCCCCGGAAGGUCCUGCAGACCCCCACCCUGCAGAAGACUUCCAGCACCAUCACCCUGCAGACCACGAGGGUCCAGGCAGAAGUGAGAGCCCCUGAGGAAGAGAGGAAGAGGCCAGCUGCCCCACAGCCAACCCCACAGCAUAACCUGGGAAGCCCAGUUGCAAGUAAGUCCGUUCCCAAGAAAAUCGCCACGGAGAGCCAGAGGGAGUCAACUGCAUUCCCCAAGUUUGAGAGCAAACCCCGGAGCCAAGAAGUCACUGAAGAUCAGCUGGUCAAGUUCAGAUGUGAGGUUUCAGGGAUACCCAAGCCUGAAGUGUCCUGGUUUCGGGAAGGUGUCCCUGUGAAGAAACAAGAAGGUGUCAUUGAGAUUCAUGAAGAUGGCAGAUCCCAUUGCCUCUGCCUUCUGAAAGCCCGGGAAAGAGACGGAGGCAGAUACAGCUGCACAGCAUCCAACAGCCAAGGCCAAGCAUCCUGCAGCUGGGCUCUCCUGGUAGCAAGGCCGGCAGUGGUGGAAAUGGCCCCCUCUUUCUCCAGGGUCCUGAAGGACACCACUGUCGUUGAGGGCCAGGAUUUUGUGCUACGGUGCUCUGUCCAGGGUACUCCAGUGCCAAGGAUCACCUGGCUGCUCAAUGGGCAGCCCAUCCAGUUCGCUCGCUCCUCCUGCCAAGCUGGCAUGGCUCAACUCCACAUCCAAGAUGCCCUACCUGAGGAUCACGGCACCUAUACCUGUGUGGCUGAAAACGCCUUGGGACAGGUGUCCUGCAGUGCCAGGGUCACCGUUCACGAAAAGAAGAGCGAAGGCAAGAGGGAGUACCUUCUGCCCCUGGCCCCCAGCAAGCCCAGCGCACCCGUCUUUCUUCAGGGCCUCUCUGACCUCAAAGUCAUGGACGGAAGCCAGGUCACCAUGACAGUCCAGGUGUCAGGGAACCCACCACCACAGGUCAUCUGGCUUCACAAUGGGGAUGAGAUCCAGGAGUCAGAAGACUUCCACUUUGAGCAGAGAGGCGCCUGGCACAGCCUGUGCAUCCAGGAGGUGUUCCCUGAGGACACGGGCACGUACACCUGUGAGGCCUGGAACGGCUCCGGGGAGGUCCGCUCCCAGGCUGUGCUCACCGUGGAAGAGCCUCACGAUGGCACCCAGCCCUGGUUCAUCAGCAAGCCUCGCUCGGUGACAGCCUGCCCGGGCCAGAGUGUCCUCAUCUGCUGUGCCAUAGCCGGUGACCCCUUUCCCACCGUGCACUGGCUUCGAGAUGGCAAAGCCCUCUCCGAGGAUAUGGGCCACUUUGAGGUGCUACAGAAUGAGGACGUGUUCACUCUGGUCCUGAAGGACGUGCAGCCCCAGCACGCCGGCCAAUACGAGAUCCUGCUCAAGAACCGGGUUGGCGAAUGCAGUUGCCAGGUGUCACUGAUGCUACAGACCAGCCCGGCUAGAGCCUCCCCACGGGGGCGAGAGCCUGCCAGCUGUGAGGGCCUCUGUAGUGGAGGAGUUGAUGCCGCAGGCGGUGGUGGCAGCGGUGACCGUGAUGGACCCCUGAGACGUAGCUGGCCAGCAAGAGGGCAAGGUGGGCUGCAGGAGGAAGACGGGGAAGACGUAAGAGGGCUGCUGAAGAGGCGGGUGGAGACCAGGCUGCACACCGAGGAGGAGAUCCGCCAGCAGGAGGUGGGGCAGCUGGAUUUCCGUGACCUCCUAGGAAAGAAGGUGCGCACCAAGGCCGUGUCAGAAGAGGACCUGAAGGAGAUCCCCGCCGAGCAAAUGGAUUUCCGCGCCAACCUGCAACGGCAGGUGAAGCCAAAGACUGUGUCUGAGGAAGAGAGGAAGGUGCAUAGCCCCCAGCAGGUCGACUUCCGCUCUGUCCUGGCCAAGAAAGGGACCCCCAAGACCCCUGUCCCUGAGAAGACACCACCUGCUAAACCUACCACCCCGGACUUUCGCUCAGUGUUAAGCAGCAAGAAGAAACCACCAGCAGAGAAUGGCAGCAAUAGUGUUGAGGCCUUGAAUGCCAAGCCUGCCGAGACCCUGAAACCCAUGGGUAAUGCCAAGCCUGCAGAGACCAUGAAACCCAUGGGUAACGCCAAGCCUGCCGAGACCCUGAAACCCAUGGGUAACGCCAAGCCUGCAGAGACCCUGAAACCCAUGGCUAACGCCAAGCCUGCCGAGACCCUGAAACCCAUGGGUAACGCCAAGCCUGCCGAGACCCUGAAACCCAUGGGUAACGCCAAGCCUGCCGAGACCCUGAAACCCAUGGGUAAUGCCAAGCCUGCCGAGACCCUGAAGCCCAUAGCCAACGCCAAGCCUGCCGAGACCCUGAAACCAGCCGUCAAGGAAGAACUCAAGGAGGUUAAGAAUGAUGUGAACUGCAAGAGAGGGCAUCCUGGGGCAGACAGUGAGAAGAGACCAGAGAGCCAAGGGUCAGCCCCAGUCUUCAAGGAGAAGCUCCAAGAUGUCCGUGUGGCCGAGGGUGAGAAGCUGGUACUCCAGUGUCAAGUAUCCUCUGACCCCCCAGCCACUGUCACCUGGACGCUGAAUGGAAAGACACUCAAGACCACCAAGUUCAUCAUCCUCUCCCAAGAAGGCUCGCUGUGCUCACUGUCCAUUGAGAAGGCCCUGCCUGAGGACAGAGGCUUAUACAAGUGCAUUGCCAAGAACAACGCCGGCCAGGCGCAGUGCACCUGCCAAGUCACCGUGGACGAUGCUCCGGCCAGUGAGAACACCAAGGCUCCGGAGAUGAAAUCCCGGAGAUCUAAGAGCUCUCUUCCCCCCGGCAGCCUAGGGACAGAGAGUGAUGCAACUGUAAAAAAGAAACCUGCCCCCAAGACACCACAAAAAGCAGCUAUGCCCCCUCAGAUCAUCCAGUUCCCUGAGGACCAGAAGGUGCGCGCGGGAGAGCCUGUGGAGCUGUUUGGGAAACUCGCUGGCACCCAGCCCAUCACCUGCACCUGGAUGAAGUUCCGAAAGCAGAUCCAGGAGAGCCAGCACAUCAAGGUGGAGACCAGCGAGACGGGCAGCAAGCUCACCAUCCUGGCCGCACGCCAGGAGCACUGUGGCUGCUACACGCUGCUGGUGGAGAACAAGUUGGGCAGCAGGCAGGCCCAGGUCAACCUCACCGUCGUGGAUAAGCCAGACCCCCCAGCGGGUACACCUUGUGCUUCCGACGUCCGAAGCUCCUCGCUGACCCUGUCCUGGUAUGGCUCUUCCUACGACGGGGGCAGUGCCGUACAGUCUUACAACGUGGAGAUCUGGAACUCAGAGGACAAGACGUGGACGGAACUGGCCACGUGCCGCAGCACCUCCUUUAACGUCCAGGACCUUCUGCCGGACCGCGAGUAUAAAUUCCGAGUGCGCGCGGUCAACGUGUACGGGACCAGCGAGCCGAGCCAGGAGUCCGAACCGACGGUUGUGGGAGAGAAACCGGAGGAGCCGAAGGAUGAAGUGGAAGUGUCAGAUGACGAUGAGAAGGAACCCGAAGUUGAUUACCGAACAGUGACAGUCAACACCGAACAAAAAGUUUCCGACUUGUAUGACAUCGAAGAGAGACUAGGAUCUGGGAAAUUUGGACAAGUCUUUCGACUUGUAGAAAAGAAAACUGGAAAAAUCUGGGCAGGGAAAUUCUUCAAGGCGUACUCGGCCAAGGAGAAGGAGACUAUCCGGCAGGAGAUCAGCAUCAUGAAUUGCCUCCACCACCCCAAGCUGGUCCAGUGCGUGGACGCCUUCGAAGAGAAAGCCAACAUCGCCAUGGUCCUGGAAAUCGUGUCGGGGGGUGAGCUGUUUGAACGCAUCAUCGACGAAGACUUUGAGCUGACCGAGCGUGAGUGCAUCAAGUACAUGAGGCAGAUCUCAGAAGGGGUGGAGUUCAUCCACAAGCAGGGCAUUGUGCACCUCGACCUGAAGCCCGAGAACAUCAUGUGUGUCAACAAGACCGGCACCAGGAUCAAGCUCAUCGAUUUCGGCCUGGCCCGCAGGCUGGAAAAUGCGGGGUCCCUAAAGGUCCUCUUUGGCACCCCGGAGUUUGUGGCUCCUGAAGUGAUCAACUAUGAACCUAUCAGCUACGCCACGGACAUGUGGAGCAUCGGGGUCAUCUGCUACAUCCUGGUCAGCGGACUCUCCCCGUUCAUGGGUGACAACGACAACGAGACCUUGGCCAAUGUCACCUCAGCCACCUGGGACUUUGACGACGAGGCAUUCGAUGAGAUCUCUGACGACGCCAAGGAUUUCAUCAGCAACUUGCUGAAGAAAGAUAUGAAAGAGCGCUUGAACUGCACCCAGUGCCUUCAGCACCCAUGGCUGAUGAAAGACACCAAGAACAUGGAGGCUAAGAAGCUCUCCAAGGACCGGAUGAAGAAAUACAUGGCAAGAAGGAAAUGGCAGAAAACAGGCAAUGCUGUGAGAGCCAUCGGAAGACUGUCCUCUAUGGCAAUGAUCUCAGGGCUCAGCGGCAGGAAAUCUUCAACAGGGUCACCGACCAGCCCGCUCAACGCAGAGAAACUAGAGUCUGAAGAGGAUGUGUCGCAGGCUUUCCUUGAGGCCGUUGCAGAGGAAAAGCCCCAUGUGAAGCCCUAUUUCUCGAAGACCAUUCGUGAUCUGGAAGUUGUAGAGGGAAGUGCUGCUAGAUUUGACUGCAAGAUUGAAGGGUACCCGGACCCAGAGGUGGUUUGGUUCAAAGACGAGCAGUCCAUUAGGGAGUCUCGCCACUUCCAAAUAGACUACGAUGAAGACGGGAACUGCUCCCUGAUCAUUAGCGACGUCUGCGGAGAUGACGACGCCAAGUACACCUGCAAGGCUGUCAACUGUCUCGGCGAAGCCACCUGCACGGCGGAGCUCAUUGUGGAGACCAUGGAGGAAGGGGAAGGGGAAGGGGAAGAGGAGGAAGAGGAGGAGUGAAGCGAAGCCAGACAGAAGCAGUUUCUAAGUCACUUUUAAAGGACUAAUUGUUUAAAACUCAAAAACAAGCAAACAAAACUCAAGCUAGUAAAAGCACCCGGUGUGAUAGGUUACCUAGUUAAGUCAUUGUGGGAGCUGGUUCAGCACAGCGAGCAGCCGUACCUGGCAGUGUUAUCGAUGGGCAUUCAUUUGAAUUAGCUGGCACCUUAAGAACUAAUGCAGCUAGAUUUCAUUUAGAGGAGAACGCACGCCAGCGACUUUGCCAACUGAUUUUAGAGGGGGAAAAUAACCAAAAGAAAUAUUUGUCUGGGAAAAGGCAUGCAUUUCCCAACUGACCACUCACUACAAAGCACUACAAGGGCCCUGGGCAUCUCAACCCAGAGCCCUGGAGACAGAAGGCCCCUCUCCUCCCUCCCCCUCUCCCCCACCCAGAGAGCCCCUCUUCUCCCUCCCUCCGUUCUGGAAGGAGUUGAGCCCUGCUGACUUAGGAGGCACACUCCAUUCCAGACAUAAGGCAGACAGUCUUUCCAUCUCUCCCCCGUUCCACCUGUCAGCUUUUCUGGAUCUGAACUUGUCACGAGUUCUGUGCGACAUGAACUGUGCUUCUUAGAUUCUGGAGACAGCUCCCUUGCUCAUGGAUGUUUCAGGCUUCCUUAGGGAAAUAAAAUCUUCCUUCUAAAUCAGUAGGAAGUCUAAACUCACCCCCUCAUUGCAAAUGUCUAGCGGCUUCAUACAUUUGCAUGAGAACCCCGGGGUGGGGGGGAAAGAGGGGGGCAAAGAAAUCCUUGCUUUUCUUCUUAAACCAGCCUGCUUGUGCGGUCAAGAUUUCUAUGUCUGGCUGUAGGAAGUCCAGUUUGCUGAAAUGUUCCUUUUAAUUAUUUAUUAGGCACUAGGAAACGGAUGAAGAACUGUAGAGCUCGUGUAUUGUGGAAUCUCCCUUAAGACAGCCUGAGUUUAGUACAUCUUCAUUCUCAACACCUUCAAAGAGCUCAGCCUGCCUUGCCGGUUCCCCAGUUAUUUUCCUUCUUUGAAUGCGUUAUCCCUGCCUCACCCUCAUCCUCGAACUAGAUCCUUGGUCCAGAUGAAUGCACUCAGACUUGCAUCUUCAGAAAUGUUUAACUUUCUCUCACUACAUCGGCACUUACAUUUUUCUUUAUGAAGCUUUCUAAAGGUCAUAAACAAAGACCAUAAACUGAUACCCCUAGUGCAUUUCCUCUGUGUGUGCGUGUGUGUAACAUUCCAAAUACUUUUUCACUGUUUGUAAAGUAUAACAAGUUAAUAUUUCAAAAGACUUUUUAAGAGUUCCUCAAAACCAAUUUUAAAUUACUUCUGUGCAAUCCUACGCAGUAUCAACAUUAGAAAAGAAUUCAUCUUUUUAUCUUCCAUUCUAUUUUAGCUGCUUUUUGCUGCUAGUUUCCAAUUGCCAGUGUUUUUCCUAUCUUUGCUUUUCAAACAGUUAACGAUAUUUUUCAUUAUAGCCACAGUAUUGCCACAGUUUAUUAUAAUAGGGGGAUUUUAAUUUGAUAGAGCAUUCAAAGUGUUUUUCCUCACUCUUCAUUGUGUUUUGACUAUAAUCCUUGCGUGUAUGUUGUGUGUGCAUGGGUGGUGUAUACAUGUGUUUACAGGUUAAUGCCUUCUUGGGAUUGUGUUAAUGUUCUGUUUAUUAUGCCAUCAGAGUGAUGAAUGAGAAUGCUAUGACUGUAGUUAGCUCACAAUUUUUAAAUAAAGAAUACCACAGUA